AAAUAUAUGGAUAAUAAAGUUAGAAAACAGAGAGUAAACAAGCAAGAACAGAACAGCAUCACUCAACAACAAUGGCAGAUUCAUUAACACUGUCCUUACUCUCUACUGUUCCAGUUCCCAAUUCAGUACUCUCAACAAAAUCUCAACCCAAAUGUAGUGUUCUAUUUCGACGAAAUCGAUGUUUGAUUUCUUCGAAAAUAGGAACAAAAUGCAGUGGAAUGAGGUCAUCAACAAGAUUGUAUGCAGGUCUAACGGAGAUAGAACCAGAUAUUAAUGAAGAUCCUGUUGAUCGAUGGAGAACUAAUGGCAUUGACAUUGAAGAUUAUGUGUUUGGGAAGUACGAUGAUCAUCAUACCUACUUUGAGAGUGAAGAUAAAGCAACAUUUUGGGGAUCUAUAGCAGAAGAUUAUGCUGCUAUUGCACCCCCAACAGGAUUUCAAGGUAUUAUUUCAUGGGUAUUUCCUCCAGCAAUUAUUGCUGGAAUGUACUUCAAUGUUCCAGGGGAGUAUUUGUACAUUGGAGCAGCUGUAUUUACAAUUGUGUUCUGCAUUAUUGAGAUGGACAAACCAAGUGAAGCACACAAUUUUGAGCCUCAGAUAUAUAACAUGGAGAGAGGCGCUCGAGAUAAGUUAAUAUCGGAUUAUAACACCAUGGACAUUUGGGAAUUUAACGAGAAAUAUGGCGAUUUAUGGGAUUUCACUGUUAAGAAGGACGAUAUCAUGAAAAGAUAGAAAUAAAAUGAAAUGAAUUGUGUUCUGAAUCAUGAACAAUAGGCUAAAUAUCGUUUAAUUUGAUCGAUUACUCGGGGAUGCAAGUGUUUGCUUGGCUUGUAGAGUUCAAGAAAUGGUUGUUGUAAACAAGGUUUGUGAAAAAUGUCUACUAUUAUUUCCAAGCACUAUGGUUAUUUAUGUUUUCAUAA